GGACAGUGUGUGAGUGAGGGGGACAGGCAGCCAAUCAGCUGCUGCGCUGCUCCCGGCUCCCUCCUCCUCUGCUGCUCUGCAACCACAGCUGCGUCGAGCUUCAACAACCGAACACGUUCAUCUCAUCCAGCUCCUGCAACAGCGAUCAUGUCUAACCAGGCUGAGUUUGAGCAGAUGGCCGAGGACGUGAAGAAGGUGAAGACGAAGCCCUCCGACCAGGAGCUGCUGGAGCUGUAUGGGCUUUAUAAGCAGUCGACGGUUGGAGACGUUAACAUCGAUCAACCAGGGAUGUUUGACAUGAAAGGAAAAGCCAAGUGGAACGCCUGGAACUCCAGGAAAGGAAUGUCCAAGGACGAUGCCAUGUCAGCCUACAUCACCAUCGCAAAGGGAAUCAUCAGCAAAUAAGGGAUGUAAAACUGAAGAGGCAGAACUAAUGCAGACAACAAAUACUAACUCCAAUACUAAAACAAUACUGAUGCCUACAAAACAAGUAACCUUCUGCAGUCAGAGGCCAUCUUCAUACAGGAUAAUGUGAAAUUUUAGAUAUUUUCUUUUAUUUUCAUCUUGCCAUGUUGUUUGUGUUUAUUUAGGUUAACUAAAAAACAUCUAUGCAUCCUCUGAGAAUAAAACGUUAACAUUUCUUAUCACAAUUGCUGUUUUAUCUACGUUAUGUUGUUUACACCUAUAAUCCACAUGUGCAUGGCAAUAUUUGGCAAACUUGUGCACUUUGAUAUGUAGCUUGAUAACACCAAAAGCUGUGACGUGUCAACAUUGUUAACUGCACAAGUUUGUAAAUUAAAUCUCUUUCUCCACUGUUUA